CUUGAAGGUAGUUCCCCCUUCAGAGGAUGAGGGGAGCGCGCUGAGGUCUGGACUCGGAGAGCCUUCACAGAAUCGCCCCCUUUUUGGUGAGCUCCCAGGAAAAGCUGCUUGCCUGUCUGCCUCCCCCUCCUCUCCCCUUCCUUCCCUUUCCUUGAGCAGCCGCUCUUUGGCACCGGCGGGUGGCCGGAGCAGCAUGGAAGCGCCUCCCUGGAGGACACACCUAGGACCCGCGGUCCUCCUGCAGCUCCUCUUCAUUUCCUGCUUGCCAAGAGAGUAUACAGUGAUCAAUGAAAACUGUCCAGGAGCUGAAUGGAAUAUCAUGUGUCGGGAGUGUUGUGAAUACGAUCAGAUCAAGUGUGUCUGUCCUGGGCGGAAAGAAGUGGUGGGUUACACUAUUCCCUGCUGCAGGAAUGAGGACAACGAGUGUGACUCCUGUCUAAUCCACCCAGGCUGUAUGAUUUUUGAAAACUGUAAGUCCUGCCGCAAUGGCUCUUGGGGGGGAACGCUAGACAACUUCUACAUCAAGGGCAUCUACUGUGCAGAAUGCAGAGCAGGCUGGUAUGGAGGAGACUGCAUGCGAUGUGGGCAGGUUCUCCAAGCUUCAAGGGGUCAAAUUUUGUUGGAGAGUUAUCCAUUGAAUGCCCAUUGUGAGUGGACUGUGCAAGCCAAACCUGGGUUUGUUGUUGAGUUAAGGUUUGCUAUGCUGAGUCUGGAGUUUGACUAUAUGUGUCAGUAUGAUUACGUGGAAGUCCGGGAUGGGGACAGUAUUGAUAACAGGAUAAUUAAACGUUUCUGUGGGAACGACAGACCUCCUCCAAUCCGAAGCACCGGACCCUCGCUGCAUGUUCUUUUCCAUUCAGAUGGUUCAAAGAACUUUGAUGGGUUUCAUGCAAUCUUUGAAGAAAUUACAGCUUGUUCUUCAUCUCCGUGUCUUCAUGAUGGAACCUGCAUCCUAGAUAAAAUUGGUGGCUACAGGUGUGCCUGUCUGGCUGGUUAUACUGGGAAUCGCUGCGAAAGCUUGGUGAUGUGUAGGACUCCAGGUGCUCCUGCUCACGGUUUUGUGGAAGGAGAAGACUUUAAAUACGGGGCCCAAGUUUACUUCAAGUGCAACGCAGGUCACACCUUAAAAGGCAGCCAUAUUGCCUACUGUCAGCUAGAUGGGAGCUGGUCAACACACCAUCCUGGAUGUGUUGUAGAAGACAGAAACUGCUCUGAUCCUGGUGCUCCACUCAAUGGGUACAGGAAAAUGAUGGAAGAUUCUGCACUGAUGAACAGCCGUUAUGCAAAAAUUGGAACAGUCAUUACAUUCUUUUGCAAUAACUCCUAUAUUCUCAGUGGCAAUGAGCAAAGGACCUGCCAAGAAAACGGAGAAUGGUCAGGGAAACAGCCAAUCUGCAUAAAAGGAUUGUGCAACACUGUAUUUUUUCUAGCCUGCAGAGAACCAAAGAUCUCUGACCUGGUGAGACAGAAAGUACUCCCAAUGCAGGUUCAGUCAAGAGAGACUCCUUUGCAUCAGCUAUAUUCAUCUGCAUUUAGCAAACAGAAGCUGGAAGUCUAUCCUACCAAAAAACCAUUGCUACCAUUUGGAGAGCUACCCCCAGGCUUCCAGCAUCUUCACACACAGCUUCAGUAUGAGUGCAUUUCUCCCUUCUACCGCCGUUUGGGAAGCAGCCGAAGAACAUGUCUGAAAACUGGGAAAUGGAGUGGGCGGGCUCCUUCAUGCAUUCCAAUCUGUGGAAAAAUAGAAAACACUACACUUCAAAAACCAUCCACUACCAGAUGGCCAUGGCAAGCAGCCAUCUAUAGGAGACCCAAUGGAGUGAAAGGUCCCAGUCACAGAAAAGGUGCAUGGAUACUGAUUUGCAGUGGGGCCCUGUUGAAUGAACGCACAGUUGUCGUGGCAGCUCACUGCGUCACCAAUCUGGGAAAGGUCACUGUUCUCAAAACAGCAGACAUCAGAAUCGUCCUAGGCAAGUUCUACAGAGAUGACGAUAGAGAUGAGAAGACUGUACAGAACUUACGGAUUUCAGCCAUUAUUAUCCAUCCUAACUAUGAUCCAAUAUUGCUUGAUUCUGACAUCGCUAUCUUAAAGCUCUUGGACAAAGCCAAAAUCAGCAGCCGGGUCCAACCCAUAUGCCUGGCAUCAGCACGCGAUAUUGACCCACCUGCAGAUGACUUCCAAAUAGUGAUCACUGGCUGGAAGAUCUUGACAGAUAUUACAGAUCCCAGCUACAAGAAUGAUACAAUCCGUAUGGGGACUUUUCAGAUAGUGGACUCGCUGCUGUGUGAGCAACAAUAUGAAGAAAAUGGAAUCCAAGUCAGCGUCACUGAUAGUAUGUUUUGUGCCAAGCAACACCCCACUGCCUUUUCCAACAUCUGCCCUGCUGAGACUGGAGGGAUUGCAGCAAUACCUUUGCCAGGAAAAUUGUCUUCUGAGUUGACGUGGCAUCUUAUGGGUUUGGUGAGCUGGGGCUAUGACAAAACAUGCAACCUGGAACUGUACACUGGCUAUACUCGGGCAAUUCCUUUCAGAGACUGGAUUGAGAAGAACCUGAAGUGAAAUACUUGGUCCAAAAACUGCUUUUAAAAGUGUUGAAUAUAUUUGUUUUAUCUUACCGUUUCUGAUGCUUUAGAUUUUUCAUCCCAUUGAUGGAACAUAUCUGGGAUAGGGCUAAAGCAAGUGUCUCAACUGUUUGCCAUAUAGUCUAGAGGUAUUCAAUGAGGCCAGUUCAUCUAGGCCAUAGAUUCAGAAUGUGGCAGAUAGGUUGACAUGUCUCAGCUAUCCCUUUCUCCUGGUGGGAAUAGGAACUAUGAUCAUGGGUUGUAAUACCCAGCACAUGAUAUCCAGAAAUAUCUGCAUUCAGUCUGCAUUUAACCAUCACUUGGAUAAAACAAUUGGAAUGUAUUUUGUCAGGGUUUGAAAUAAGGAGGUUGGAAAGAGAUAAUCAGGAGGUUAGAUGAGUUUAUUGUGGUCUAAGCUGUUUGUAUUGCCAUAUAAUGCUGUAUUCUUUCCCCCUCCUGAGUAUUUUACACAUUCAAAUAAACAAAGGUGUGUUUUUUUAACCUGAAAA